AUGUCCGAUCCCACCAUGAACAGCCCAGACGGUGCCGGCGGCAAGCGCAAGCGCGAGGGCUCUGAUGACCUUGGCCACGACGCACAGCGUCUGAAUCGCUCGUCGCACGGCAGCAACGGCAGCAUGCCGGACAACCAGCACAACUUCGGCCACUCGAUUGGCUACGACCACGGCCUCGGUAACGCAGGGUCCGAGUUGAACAUUGACCAACAAAUUCUCCAGCACGUCGGCCCCCAGAAUGGACUGUCUGAUGACAAUGCUCUCACUGCCAAUGCCAAAGCUGCGCUGGCCGCACAUGCCCCUCAGCACAAGUACCCCCCACCCCCGGAUGCUGCCGCCUUCGAUGCGAACAACCUUACACAGGGGUUGAACUUUGGCGAUGAUAUGGGCCAGGGACCUAUCCCCGGUCCUCACAACCACAACUCCACUGCUGCUGCGGUGUAUGCUGCGCGCGAGGCGCAAAGUAUGAACCAGAAGCCCACUGUCGGUUCUCCCGAGUGGCACCAGAUCCGCAAGAACAACCAUAAAGAGGUUGAGCGACGCCGACGUGAGGCUAUCAACGAGGGAAUCAACCAGAUCGCCCGCCUCGUGCCAAAUUGCGACAAGAACAAGGGUGCCAUUCUGCAACGCGCCAUCGAAUACAUUUGCCAGCUCCAAGAAGAGAAGAAGAACAUUGACGAGCGGUUCGAGCAACACAGCCUCACCGCCAACCAUGCCAUUAACGAGAUCAGCGCAUCCAACCAAAAGUUGAAGCAAGAGGUCGGCCGACGCAAUGCUAUCGCCGCCAAGUGGCUCCAGCGCUGCCGCGAUGCCGGCCUGGAGUUCGACGACUACGAGGAGGCCAAAGAACUCGAGACCCUUGAUGGGAUGGAGUAA